UGAUUUGGGGGGCUUAGGAUCAAAUGUGAAAGGUUUAGGACUGACUGGAGGGGUUUAGGAGCAACUGGGGGAGUUCAGGACCCUCUGGGUGGGGUUUAUGAUCAAUGAGGAUCAUUCCGCUGCUUCUGAAGCCAGGAAGGGCCCGGUAAGAACCGGGCAGGUCCCUCCCAGUCCUUCCCAGUCACGCCAGGGGCGCGGCCAAAACUCCCUGGAGUGAGGGCAGAGGUCCUGGAGCAGUCCAGGUCCCAAUCUUGGUCUCGGUCCCAGAGCGCUCCUGCUGCUGAUUCCGGAGUCGAUCUCAGUCCCAGAGCAGUGCUGGUCUCAGUUCUGAUGUCAGUCUUGGGUUUGAUGCUGGUGCCAUUUCUGGUGCUGAUCUCAGUCUUGGUUCUGGCCCCGGAGAUCUUAGGCCCAUUUGGAUGACUUUAGGCUAGACUUGGUGGUUUUAGGGUGGAUUUCAGGACCCUGUGGGUGUUGUUAGGCCAAACCAGGCCCUUUAAGGGCCGUGCGUUGCUUUGGCCACGCCCCUUUCCCCUCACAGUUCCCGCCCUUUCCUUGACCCCGCCCCCACAGUUCGGGGCUGGGAACGGGGGAGGAGGAGGAGAGAGGAGGAAGAGGCGGAGCGGCAGCAGGGAGCAGGAGGAGAAGGGCAGAGGAGGCAGAGGCGGCUCCAGCGCUCCCUGAACUCGAAGCAGGUCCAGAAACAUCACCUGGAUCCCGCAGGUACAAGGAGCUGAGCAUGGAGAGCAGGGAGGACAAAGGCAGCCAGAGAUGGAGCCAGAGUUCAGAGCUGGUGGUCCAUGAGCAGCUUCCUGAUGGGGAGAAGCCCCACAAGUGCUUUGGGUGUGAGAAGAGCUUCAGCUGGCGGUGCCACCUGCUCCGCCACCAGAGGAUCCACACAGACGAACGGCCCUACGAGUGUGGGGAAUGUGGGAAGAGCUUCAGGAAGAGCUCCCAGCUGACUGCCCACCAGAUGAUCCACACUGGGGAACGACCCUAUGAGUGUGGGGAAUGUGGGACGAGGUUUCAGAACAACUCCAACCUGAUCCAGCACCAGAUGAUCCACACUCGGGAGAGGCCCCAUGAGUGUGGGGAAUGUGGGAAGAGCUUCAGGUCACACUCCCAGCUGGUCUGUCACCAGAGGAUCCACACUGGGGAACGACCCUACGAGUGUGAGGAAUGUGGGAAGAGCUUCAGGUGGAGAAGUGGCCUAAACCUUCACCAAAAGAUCCACACUGGGGAGAGGCCCUACAAGUGUUCCGAGUGUGGGAAGGGCUUUCUGACCAGCACUCAGCUCCUUGUACAUCAGCAGAUUCACUCAGAGGAGACUCCAUUCCACUGCCCCGACUGUGGGAAGGGUUUCAAGAGGAAAUCCACCCUCAAGAAGCACCAACUCAUCCACACAGGCGAGAGGCCCUACGAAUGUGAUAAAUGCAGGAAGCGGUUUCAGACCAGCACCAAUCUCCUCCUGCACCAGCGCACACACACAGAGGAGAGGCCCUUCCGCUGCCCCGUCUGUGGGAAGGGAUUCAAGGAGAACUCCACCCUCAAGCAGCACCGACGCAUUCACACUGGGGAGAGGCCCUACGAGUGUUCCGAGUGUGGGAAGAGGUUUCCCACCAGCUCCCAUCUCCUCCAACACCAGCGGAUUCACACGGAUGAGAGGCCCUUCCGCUGCCCCGACUGUGGGAAGGGCUUCAAGCACAACUCCACCCUCAAGAAUCACCGGCGCAUCCACACCGGGGAGAGGCCCUACGAGUGUCCUCAGUGUGGGAAGAACUUCUCCAGGAGCUCAAACUUGACCCAACACCAACAGAGCCACCAGUAAGGGAAGCCCUGUGAGUGCCCCCAGUGCGCAAAGAGCUUCAUGUCCUGCUCCAGCUCCAUCCCCCACUGGAGGAUCCACAUUGGAUAGAGCCCUGGUGACCCACAUUCCCUGUGAUCCAUGUUGGGAAGACAUCAUGCUGGUUAUCCUUUUGUUUUGGCUUUCAUUUUUUUCUAACAUCUUCAUCUGUUAAAAAGAGCCAAAACAGUGUUGAAAAGAAAGAAAUUGAGAAAAGAUGUCUAAUGUCCCACCAUUUCCAAGAUACAUCAGGGGGAAUGUAGGAUUUGGGGCCAUAUUCUGGAGGAUUUGUGUGUUCUUCAGGGAUUUUGUCAGUGUUCGCCUUCUCUUUGCACUUCAAAUCCAAGAGGAAUUGAUCUGUCACAUCACAACCCAUUAAAUUCCAUUGAAAACUACUCAAUCUUACCCCAAAAGGGCUGAAUUCCAGCUCAUAAUUACUUGUACCCACCUCAGAAAAAUUCAGUCCUAUGCCAAAGUUACUGAAUUCCACAGCUGCCAGGGUGAGAUGGGGUUGGAAGGAGAUCAAGAGAAGUGGGAUCCAAAUUUGGAGUGGUGAGAUCGGGAUUGUCUGGUGCUGGGUGGGUAGGAUGUGUUUUGAUAGUAAAUCAAACUUUGAGAGUUCUUCAUUUCUGUCCCAUUCAUUUUCAGUCAGUGUCAGUUCUGUUCUCACAGUGCCACCUUCUCAGCUGAUUGUGUUGGUGUCCUCCUUUCUCUCCUGCCUCUCUCUGCCUGCUCUUUGUCUCUCAGUGUCUCCCUUGAGCCAGGGCAGUGUUGUGAGAAAGGAGCAGAGUAUCAAACAGGCAUCAGUACAGUUAGGUUUGAUCUCUAUUCCUUGUAUUCUACUUUUAUCAAGUUACAGAAAGGAAAGCAAGCACAGCUAAACAGUUGGUGAUUGGCUAAAAGUACAUAUACAUUAAAUUAUUGUUCAUUGGUCCA